AUGCAUUUCUCCAAGAUAUCGGCUCUUCUCUUCGCCGCCGCCGCGUCGGUCAACGCCCAAAGGGAGGCUCCCAUUGCCAGUGGCCACGCCGGGUCAAAUUGUUUCACGAAGGACUGGCACCCCAUCGAUAACUCCACCUGCACCGCAGUCUCUCGCCUCCUGUCCAUCUCCUUCUUUGCCCCGGGAAAGUGCACUGUCUACGGCGCCGGCGACGAGGUCUGCGGCGGCGAGGGCAAGGAUUACGAUACGACGGCUGGGUGUCUGGAGUUGUCUACGUGGGAGAACCCUGGCUCGGUCAACUGCAUCGGCAUCUUCCCUUACCCGGUAUAA